UUAUAUAGAUUCACUAUUUGCCUACGCAACAACUUAGAGAGAAUGGAGAGGCUACACUUGAAACCAAACCUACACAAAAUCGCUACCUACAAAUCAGCGUAGAUACCUCGCUUUCUGAUGUCUCUUGUCUCUUCGCGUGUUCCAUAUGCCUUACCUACCAGAAAUUCUCACCUACAAACUAAAUAGACCAAGACCAUAUACACAGAGGAGUGAGAGGACCAUCAUCCUCAACUAGCUAGCUUCAGAGUUACUCAGACACAGUACGUACAAUGGCAGCUAACACCUUAGUCCUCUAUGCAGCUCCAGGAAUGGGGCAUAUGAUCUCCAUGGUGGAGCUAGGCAAGCUCAUCCUCAAGCAUUACUCCCACAAAUUCUCCGUCACCGUUCUCUACACCACCGGCAGCCUCGUCGACACACCAACCAUCCCCGCCUACAUUGACCGCAUCACACAAUCCCAUCCCUCCAUUUCCUUCCACUGUUUCCCACGCGCCGCCGUAAUUAACCACCAUAACCAAACUCUCAGCAUGGCCGCUCUCAUGUUCGAGUUCAUCCGUCAGAACGACCCCAACGUCCGUCUUGCCCUACAAGAAAUCUCCAAAACUUGUCAAGUCCGCGCCUUCAUCAUCGACCUGUUCUGCUCCUCCUCAAUGGCCAUAGCCAAGGAGCUCAACAUUCCCACUUUCUACUUCUACACUUCCGGCGCGGCAGCUCUUGCGGCUUUCUUGUAUUUCCCGACCAUCCAUGCACGAGUGAACCAGAGUUUCAAGGAUAUGAGAGACACUGCUUUUGAGUUUCCGGGAUUGGAGUCUCCUUUGCGUGCUGUGCACAUGCCUGAGCCGAUGCUCGACCAGAACGAUCCUGCUUAUUCGGACCUGGUCUACUUCUGCUCUCAUCUUGCUCUAUCAGAUGGAAUCAUAGCCAACACAUUUGAAGAGCUCGAGACUCCGGCCGUGAUUAAGGCCAUCUCUGAAGGUCGAUGUGUCCCUCAUGCUCCAAUUCCUCCUGUAUAUUACAUCGGACCCUUGCUCGAUAAAGAAAAGGCAUCCGGCUCUGUGAAUUCAGAUGAGGAGUGUUUGUUGUGGCUCGAUAAGCAGCCGAGUCGGAGUGUGGUGUAUCUCUGUUUCGGAAGCAGGGGUUCAUUCUCGGAAGCUCAAGUGAGAGAGAUCGCAAAUGGGUUGGAGAGAAGCGAUCAGAGGUUCUUGUGGGUGGUGAAAAAGCCACCUGUUGACAACACCAAGCAGAUUCAUGGCGUGGAGGACUUCGAUUUGGAUGCUCUUUUGCCGGAGGGUUUCUUGGAGAGGACUAUAGAGAGAGGCCUGGUGGUGAAGUCGUGGGCGCCGCAGGUGACGGUGCUGAAGAAGGAAGCUGUGGGCGGGUUUGUGACUCACUGUGGUUGGAACUCGGUGCUAGAGUCAGUGAUGGCCGGGGUGCCGAUGGUGGCUUGGCCGCUUUAUGCAGAGCAGCAUCUGAACAGGAGUGCUUUGGUGAAGGAAAUCAAAAUGGCGAUUGAUGUGGAGCAGAGAGAGGAAGAUGGGUUCGUGACGGGCGAUGAAGUGGAGAGAAGAGUUAGGGAGUUGAUGGAGUCGGAAAAUGGAAGAAAGCUCAGGGAGAGGAGCUUGAAACUUGGGGAGGUUGCUUUAGGUGCUCUGGGAGAGCAUGGUUCCUCCAGAAGAGCUCUGGCCAACUUUGUUAACGCCAUUCAAUGAUUUGUUUAUCUUUCUCUAAUUUGUGUGCAUGAAUAGGAA